UUUGCGGGCUUGUGGACUGUGGUGUGUUGUCAUGCCGCUUAGAAGUCGUGUGUUGUUUAUUCGUAGAGGAGAAUGCCAUGAAGUAUGUCAGAAACCACAAGGUGUCAACGCUGAUGACAUAAUUCGUUCACUAAACAUCUUUUGCGUGUGUAACAUAUUUCAUGAUGCUCGUAUUACUCUUCCGCAGACUAGACAGGAGGGAUGAAUCUGCGCUGUCACUCUGAUACGGUGUGAAAUGAGUAGUUUCGGAGUAAAGCGUCUCAGGAAUUUAUCUCAUACUCUCAGAUGGAUAAUUUACCAAACAAAUGAGCAGUAAAUAAACUGGCGACGAAUUGUAAAUAGUUCACCACUAUGGCUGUUUUGCAUCGUGCAUUAUUUACGUGGUUUAUUUUACUCGUGUUUUUCAUUUUACUGGUGUUGCGGCUUGAUUCUCGAACUCAUUGGAACUGGUUUAUUGUUUUCGUACCCCUGUGGCUCUACGACUUGAUCCUGCUGGUGUACGUGUUGUUUUAUGCAGUAUCACAAUGCAAGGGCCACUGUGGUGGGAGAGCGGCAGCAACACGUGCAUGGUCGGUUGCAGCCGUUACACUGAAAAUGACAGCCCAAGUUGUUCUCUGUUUGGCUCUGGAGUACCCUUCUUGGCAGCUGUCAGUGUACUGGGUAAUGGCACCGCUGUGGCUUUUCCUGCCAGUCCUUGUUGUAGCUGUAUUCAUCUCACUUGUGAGAUACAGUCAAUAUUAGGAAUUGUUUGGUGUCAUACAACUCUCAUUACUGAACAUCCAUCUUGAGUAUGUUGGAGGAACUUGUCACUUGACUGCUAUUAGUGAAGACUAAUGUGGAGCUCUGUUAGAAGUAUGAACACUCAGUUGUGAACUAAAUUAUUUUUUUUCUUUUAUGAUUACGUAUAAGUGAGUACAGCUAAAUUCAAAUGGGUGGUUCUAAGUUGGAUUUCAGAAUGUUUGCAAUUCCAGUUUAUAAUUUUUGUUGAUAAUAUCUGUGACAAUUUUUGAACAUGACACAUUGGUUACAAUAUACAAGUGUAAAAAUAA